CUGUCAGUGUCAGUCAAAUGUCAACAAAAUCAAACGGACGAGGCCGUUUGUGAUUCGUGUUGGUUUUGUAUUUAUUUUAUAAUUUGAACUCAACAAGUGAAUGUAGAUGCAAACAUGUUUUCAACGAGCUCCCAAAGGAAAUUCUGGACGUUCGUCGAUGAAACUGAACUGGCUCGUUUGCGGGAAAAGCAUAACCUAAACUAUAUAGCAAAACACGGAACACACAUCGACGAAUAUCAACGGUACAAUUUUUUUUUGUCUCCUGAUGAAGAAAGGCUGCUUCUGAAACAGUAUGAGCUGCACCUGAAGGAUUUCUGUAAGCGAUUCAGUCCGCCGAUGCCUAAAGGAGUCGUCGGCACCGCUUUCCACUAUUUCAAACGGUUUUAUCUCUACAAUUCUACCAUGGAUUACCAUCCAAAAGAAAUCCUCGCGACUUGUGUCUACUUAGCUUGUAAAGUUGAAGAAUUUAAUGUUUCCAUUGGCCAGUUUGUUGCAAAUAUCAAAGGUGACAGAGAUAAAGCAUCGGAUAUUAUUUUGAAUAAUGAAUUAUUACUUAUGCAGCAAUUGAACUACCAUUUGACAAUUCACAAUCCUUUCAGACCUGUGGAAGGGUUUUUAAUUGAUAUAAAAACAAGAUGCUCUUUAGCCAACCCUGAGCGCCUCAGAGGUGGCAUUGAUGAGUUUCUUGACAAAGUAUUUCUGACAGAUGCUUGUCUCCUGUAUGCGCCAUCACAGAUAGCCCUGGCGGCUGUCCUACACGCAGCUAGCAAGGAACAAGAGAACUUGGACAGUUAUGUAACAGACAUGUUAUUUAGAGAUGCAGGACAAGACAAACUGGCAAUACUAAUAGAAGCUGUGAGGAAGAUCAGGUCUUUAGUUAAGAUGGUGGAGAGUCCAGCGCGGGAGAAGGUCAGACUGAUAGAGAAGAAAUUGGACAGAUGUAGGAAUCAAGAGAACAAUCCAGAUAGUGAGAUAUAUAAGAGGAGAAUGAGGGAGUUGCUUGAUGAAGACGACCUCCCCCAUACUGGCUCCGGCAGAAUGUCCCUUGACACCAGUGGAGUGUCACAAGUACUGUCACCAUCCGCCUCAUAACCAUAGACAAGAUUAACACCUCCUUGAAUAUUGACUAUCACUUGAUGGAUUAAUUUUAUGAAAAAGUAAUAUGUACAAAAAAUAUUUUAUCCUUAAUAAAGUGACUCAUUAAAGUCUUAUUAAACAAACUUAUUAAUUUCCUCUGACUAAUUUUAAACAUUAACAGGUUUUAAUUUACAGUGAAACAAUUUCAAGCUAUCAAAUUAAAAAAUUCUUCUUACGGUGCUCAGCUGCAAGGACCUGCUGUGUGAACGGUCCUGUACAGUUUUUGAUGCUAAAGAAAUAUAAUGCUAGCAGAGGAAACUUGUCAGAAUGUUGCAUUUUAUUUGUUUCUGAUGAUUCUAAUACUGUCUUAUUAUAUUACACUCAUCUGUUUAGGUUAAGAUACAUUAUUAUGACUAGAUUGUAACAUAGGUUUAAAUUGAAAUAAAUUUUAUAUGAACUUUA